AUGUUUAAAAUGGCAAAUAUCCAAUUUUCUCGCCAUGGACGCCUCCUCGCUCAUGGGCGGCCCCGCCUCCGCCGACGCGCCCACCGACGGGGAGCACCGGAUGGACACCACCAUCGUCGGCGUCUGCUACGACGGCGGCGUGGUCCUUGCCGCCGACUCCAGGACCAGCACCGGAAUGUAUGUGGCAAACCGUGCUUCGGACAAGAUUAGUCAGCUCACAGAUAAUGUCUAUGUCUGCCGCUCCGGAUCUGGCCAGCAGGUCCUGAGGCCAAUUCACUCAAGGAAAAUGGUGAAAAUUGAACAUUGUGAUGAGGGUGAUGCCACUAGUGCCGGCGCCAGCGCUCCCAGGAGUGGUACCAUUGACCCGCAGCAACUUGAUCCCACAAUUGUUGUUGUCAAGGCAGAGGAGCAGGAGCUGGAUUCGUUCUAAAAAACGAGGUCGUAUUUAUUAAGCAAGAUGAGCUUCUCAAAGAAAGAAGUCGACUUGGCAUUCAGCGAGUUAGUGGUUGUUGCUUCUACCACUGGAUCUCGAUCUCGCGUUGACAUGAGCUAGAGUUACAGCUAGCACAUUUGCUCAGACUUGGGUACUUGUACAGUCAAGCAAGAUUGAAGUUCCAAUUGGAAUUCUACAAAAGGAGGCCUCUCAGCCUCGAGCAGAUUAGAAUUUGCAUGUUAAACUGACUGAUGCCCAUCAUGGCAUUGUUUUGUUCAUGUGUAUCUAGAGAGAGAUGAUUGUGCUAGUACUAUAGCUCACUUUAUGUGUGGUAGAGUUGCUACAUGUCGAGUGGAGUUUAUGCAGGGGAUCAUUUGCAGCUGAGCACCUCAUGUUAAAAGGAGAUGCUACAGGUGUUUGCCCUUUCUCCUGUAUUUCUGGGAGUAAUUGUUUGUCUUCUGGCCACUACAGUAUAGAUGAAAUGUCACAAUAUUCAUUGAAGCUGAUAUUGUUUUGUUGUUGGGAGCACCUUAGCAUGCACAUUGUCUCCUGUAGCUUUGCACUGUCCAUCUAAUACACCAUCAUAUUUACUGUUUAGGUUAUAUAUGGAUUUGCAAACCUGUAUAUUGA